AUGAUACCACGUGAGGGCUCUCUCCACACUCACCUGCUUCUGCUCCUCCAGCUCUUCCUCCCUCUCAGCCUAUCCUACCUGCACCCUCCUCCCGUCCACGUCCCAACGCUGGUCCCCCACCCGCCAACGCCUCUCCUCCGCUCCCGCUUCAGUGCUCAGACUCAACUGGACUUCAGCACCCACUGCAACGACAGCUGCUUCCACCGAGGAGAGCAGAAGGAGCUGCUCGAGGAGAAGCUAGCCUUCGAGACCCUGUACUCUGACGGCUCCCGCACUCUCACUCAUGUGGAUGUGGAAGGUGAGGAGGAGGAGUUUGAGGGUCACUUUGCUCAUCCCCCACCGAGGAGGUUAAAGCCCAGUCGCAGACGUGUGCGGCGGCAGAUCUAUGGAGCAGACGGUCGUUUUAACAUCCAAGGUGAUAAUUUCCUGUUGGAUUACCCUUUCUCCACAGCUGUGCGGAUCUCCACUGGCUGCACAGGUGUUCUUGUGUCCCAGCAGCACGUUCUCACGGCUGCUCACUGUGUGCACGAUGGGAAAGAUUACGUAAAGGGAGCCAGGAAGCUCAGGGUGGGCUUCUUGAUUCCUCCAUCCACCAAUGGCACCCAAGAUGACCUCACAUCCUCCAAAAAGCCUCUGAUCCGCUGGGUGAGGGUGAGACGUACCCGUGUGCCCAAAGGCUGGAUCCAAGGCCCUCAGGAGGUCAGCAUGGAUUUUGAUUAUGCCCUGCUGGAGCUGCGGUGGCCUCAUCGGCGUCCUUUCAUGCGCCUUUCUGUGGCCCCUUCUUCUGAUGACCUGGCAGGGAAACGAAUCCACUUCUCUGGUUUCGACAGCGACAGAUCUGGAGAGCUGGUGUACAGAUUCUGUCCAGUAGAAGAAGAGUCGAGCAACUUAAUCUACCAGCACUGUGACGCCCGGCCUGGUGCGAGUGGAUCAGGGGUGUACGGACGAGUGUGGGACAACAGCUUAGAGCGCUGGGAGAGGAAAGUCAUUGGGAUUUUCUCAGGACACCAGUGGUUGGAGAUAGACGGGGAGAACCGGGACUACAAUGUGGCCGUGCGGAUCACUCCUUUAAAGUUUGCUCAGAUCUGUUACUGGGUGCACGGGAACCGGCUUGACUGUGUCCACGACUGA